GUCUAGCUGUCUGAAGAUAUUUGUAUGAAAGAAUUGAAAAUGAGGCCAAAAAUUUAUCUCUUUGGAGACUCCAUCACCGAAGAAUCCUUCAGCAUCGGUGGCUGGGGGGCCAUUCUUGCCAAUCAUUUCUGCCGCGCGGUGGAUAUUGUUUUAAGGGGAUACAGCGGGUAUAAUACAAGGUGGGCCCUACAUGUUUUGGAGAAGAUUUUUCCUGAAGAAACCAUUAAUGGAGAUCCACUAGCAGUUACCUUAUUCUUCGGGGCCAAUGAUGCCAGCCUUCAGGGUCGAUACUGUGAGUUUCAACAUGUUCCAGUUGAUGAGUUCAAGAGUAACCUCAAAGCCAUUUCAUCUUUUUUCAAGAAGAAAUGGCCAAACACUACAGUGAUUUUCAUCACGCCUCCCCCUGUUGAUGAAGAUGGUCGCCUCUUGUUUCCUUUUUCUGAGAAUCCCCUAGGAUUGGUGGAAAGAACAAAUGAAGCAGCUGGUGAGUAUGCCAAGGCAUGUAUUUCUGUUGCUGAAGAAUGUGGAGCUCCUGUAAUUGAUCUCUGGACCAAAAUGCAACAGGUUCCUGGAUGGCAAAAUUCUUACUUAAGAGACGGGUUGCACCUAACCGAGGCUGGGAACAAAGUAGUGUUUGAGGAACUGAUAGAGAAGCUGAGCCAAGUGGGUGUGAGCCUAGAAACACAGCAAAUUGAUCUUCCUCUUAUCACUGAGAUAGAUCACCAUAAUCCCCUAAAAUCUUUCCACAAUUGAAUUUGUGGAAACUAUGUCUUAAAAUAAAAUAAAAUAAAAAGUACUCUCUCUUUUUAUCUAAUAUUUGGUUCUUAUAUACUUAUGUUGUUAACUUGCUUUUAAAUAUUUAUUUUAUUUUGUGUUAGUUUGCUGGGA